CGUUGACAGGUGGCAGCUGGAGACGAACAGCUUCCACAUGCCGUGGGGAGAGAUGACAAUCACGCUCCACGACGUUGCUUUCAUCAUGGGGGUGCGAGUGGACGGACCGUUAGUGGCAGAAGUUUCCCAAGCAUUAGAGUGUUCCCAAAGUCUUGCAUCUCUGUUGGGGCUUAGGGUUAUGACUACGAUUGACAUGUUUCAAAAUAAGGGAAUUAAUUGGACAAAGGUGCAAGAGCUCUUGAGCAAGCUAUCUGCCACGGACGAGAAGAAGAUGCAAGGAUAUCUGAUGUUUCUACUGGGGUCGGUUUUGUUUGUAGACAAAACAUCUUCGAUGAUGAAGCCGUGGUGGAUACAUUAUACGAAUGAUAUCGACGGAGUCGGCCAGUAUUCGUGGGCUGCGGCUUGCUUAGCAAACAUGUACCGACAAUUAGGUAUUGCUACCCGCGCUGGGAUGAACGAACUUUGUGGGUGCCCGAUUCUCUUUCUGUGUUGGAUAUUUGAGUAUUUCCCUUGCUUUCGACCAGAGGUUUCCCCGACAUAUACAGAGUUCGAGCUUCGGUGCAGAAAGUGGGCCUUUGGCGGUAGUUGUAGGCAGAAAUUGCAAUAUUAUCGAAAGAUGCUCGACGAAAUGUCAGAAAGAGAUGUAAGUUAGUUUGUAAUUUAGAUAGAGCAUGCGUUCGUAAUAUGUUUUUUCUAACUUGUGCCAAACUUGUAUAGGUUCACUGGACACUAUACGGGGCUGAUGCACAUUACCAGAUUCCUCGUAGUAUGU